AUGAACGAAAAGGAAAAGCAACAUAAAACCAGUUUCAAUAUGGGAAUGAAAAGGGAGAAAAAGCAGGGUACCUCUCCCCUCCACUCCAAUUUGUUGAGCUGGAGAGUCCAUAUCAAAUCAUCAUCAUGGGCAAGUUGCAAACCCUGUCAUCGUCACAGUGAUAUUGGCAUUAGCCUCCUUCGUCUUGGGAAGCUUGGAUUUGCCGUCAACGGAUUUCAUUCCCGCCAAACCCAACUCGAGCAAUUCCAGGGGCUCCACGAGCAAAGAAAUGAACUACGGAGUCGAGGACUCAGGACGGGAGUUGUGUCUUUCCUCUUCCUGGAGGCAGCGAUCUAUGUAUGA